GAUUCGCGGGGAUGAGGAGCUCAACCAGAUAGUGAACGCCACCAUCGCCCGCGGAGGUGUGGUGCCGUUCGUGCACAAGAGCUUGGAGAAAAAGAUCAUCAAGAAGUCCAAGCGAGCAGGCUGA